CAUAAUUUGACACUUAACCUAAAGUUUUUUUUUCAAUCGUCAAGUACAAAUUAAUCCAAAAAUGUUGCGAACUAAAUUUCCUAUUAAAAGAUUAACAAAAUUCUAUUCUUCAACGUCAACCACAGUGGCUGAAACCCCUAAAGUACCAGAAGAAGUUAAGACAACAAUUCUUCAACGAUGGAAAAUCUACUGGAAGUCCCUUGUCAAUGAUUACUACGAGGCUGGCAAAGGUGCCCUGCAAACUGCCAAGGAAAAACCUUUGCGGACAUCGAUUCUAUCUACGAUAGGGGUGGCAGCCUAUCUCUCAGCCAAAAACAAUCCAGAUGAAGUGGCAUUGCUAACUGAAAUCAGAAACAAAAACGGAGAAUUACUCAUGGUUCACGAGUCCUGUCAGCGUUCCUCCUCAACUGAGCAUUUGAAGCUUUUGGAGCGUUCCAUAAAUCAAAAAACUCUUCGGGUAACGAACCUAGGUGUUAUGACCAUAGUGUGGCUACAUGAUUUCAGCAGUGACUUGUGCACGUACAAGGCUAUUUGCAAAUGGCUUCAACCACAGUACAGUACGUUCCACGAGCGAAUUAUUGAUGUGGGUUUCUGGAAUCGAUGGUGGAAUCUGGAGAAAAAGAUGACUGAUUACGACAUUGUGGAGGCCUAAUUGUAGGAAUAUCUCAUAUGUAAAAAAUACAAAAAAUUCGUUCGUUA